CGGCGGCCGCAUUAGUGGGAUGGGCGUUCACAAUGGCGGCUCCCAUCGACGAGGUUGAAGAGGAUGCCUGCGUCAACCCGUUUUCGUUCCAACGCUUCGUGAGCGGCCAGAAUGCUAUCGACCACUCCCAGCCACCUGCGAAGGGACGCUGUCGUCUCUCCCCGACGACCGUGGGCAGUCUACGGCUGAUGGACGCAUCCACAGUGACAGUGGAAUGUGAGCGUGUCUUAGAGCAGCGUCCAGACGCGAUUGGCCAAUGCAGCCCAGAACCAGUGCCUUGCUGGGACCGGAGGGAUGUCGAGCUUCCGAACCCCGCAGAGGAGCAAUGUUCCUGCGAGCACAGAAGCUCCAUCAGUAGGCUGGAAGAGGAAAAUGCACGACUCAAACGGCAGUGUCUGGAGGCGCUCGAGACCAAUCGGCUCCAGCUGGCGAGGCUGGAGGCCCUGGAGGAGGAGCAGGAGGCCCAGCGGCACAAGGAGCGUGAGGAGACGGCAGCUCUCGAGCAGGUCGUGCGGCAGGUCGAGUGCAGCCUCAAGGCGGCCCUGGAGCGAGCCUCAAGUGCGGAACUGGCUUCUGCUCGACUCAAGCAGCAAGUCAAGACACUCCAGGCACGCUGCAGGCAGCUGGAAACGGAUUCUCAUUCCAACCUGUCCCAAGCUACGACGGACAUCUCGGCUAAGCUCCGGACUGCGGCAGACGACGCUGAAAUGUCGCUUAGGUCCCUGCUCAAAGGCGUGGAUCAGCUCCGCUUGUAUUCAUCGCUGGUCGCAAGCCUGUCCAAGGUCCAAGAAGAGGUCUCCUGAAGUCUCCCCCUCUACCGAGGGGCGCAAAACAUUCGAGAGCUGCACUACAAGAACGGCCCCAGUGGCACAAGCACGCUGAUAACUACCUAUUGUCUUUAUAACUAGCUAUAGACCUAUUGCUAUAUUACCCAAGCAUCAAGGAGAAUGCAGGGAUUGGUGUUCCACGUGCCACACGUGCUGGCCUUAGCAGUAGUAACUUUUCUAAAGCGAAAACCUAAAACAAAUGGCAUCUUGCACGCGCGUUCGUCAAUGCUUUAUUUUGAUUAUUUACUUCGAAUCUUUUAUACUGGGAAGGCGUGCGCAUGUGGCACGUGGAACACCUAUCCCUGCAUUCUCCUUGAUGCUUGGCUAGUACAGCAAAUGGUCUAUUGGUCCUUUUAAAAUAAAUGGUAUAUUUAUCAUUGUU